GAUACUAAUAUAUGAAAAUGUUGCAAUCUAGCCGUGCCGUUGGCUACCGAUUUGGACCACAUCUUGGAGAAACUGUUCCAGUGCUAAUCAGUUAUUGCACCAAUGCCUCAGAGAAUGAUGAAGAGCUCCGUGAAUACAGCCUCCAGGCACUAGAAAGCUUUCUGUUGAGGUGCCCCCGAGAUAUUUCUUCAUAUUGUGAUCAAAUCCUCAGUCUUACGUUGGAGUAUCUUAGCUAUGACCCGAAUUUUACGGAUACCAUGGAGGAAGAUACUGAUGAGGAAAAUUUUGAGGAAGAGGAAGACGAUGAUAGCGCAAAUGAGUAUACAGAUGAUGAGGAUGCCAGCUGGAAAGUUAGAAGAGCUGCAGCUACAUGCUUGGCAGCAUUAAUUGUUUCUCGCCCAGAAAUGCUCUCAAAGCUUUAUGUAGAGGCUUGUCCUAAGUUGAUUGAUCGGUUUAAGGAAAGGGAAGAAAAUGUUAAAAUGGAUGUAUUUAAUGCCUUCAUUGAGUUACUUAGGCAAACUGGCAAUGUGACAAAAGGGCAGAUAGACAUUGACGAAUCGAGUCCAAGAUGGUUGUUGAAACAAGAAGUAGCAAAAAUUGUCAGAUCUAUUAACAGACAGCUGCGUGAGAAAUCAAUCAAAACAAAGGUUGGUGCUUUUGCUGUCUUGAAAGAACUUGUGGUUGUAUUGCCAGAUUGUCUUGCUGACCACAUUGGAUCACUUAUUCCUGGAAUUGAAAAGGCACUAAGUGACAAGUCAUCUACAUCAAAUUUGAAAACUGAGGCUUUGAUCUUUACAAGAUUAGUGUUGACUUCACAUUCGCCCUCUGUUUUCCAUCCUUACAUAAAGGCUCUUUCCUCCCCUGUUUUAUCCGCUGUUGGCGAGAGAUAUUACAAAGUCACAGCAGAAGCAUUACGAGUUUGUGGGGAGCUUGUUUGUGUUGUCUGCCCAAAUAUUGAGGUGCAUGGUUUCGACUUCAAGCCAUAUGUUCAUCCUAUCUAUGAUGUCAUUAUGUCACGCUUGACAAACCAAGAUCAAGAUCAGGAAGUGAAGGAGUGUGCCAUAUCUUGUAUGGGACUUGUUGUAUCAACAUUCGGCGAUAAUCUUGGACAUCAAUUACCUGCUUGCCUUCCUGUACUUGUCGAUCGGAUGGGAAACGAGAUCACACGCCUUACGGCUGUGAAGGCUUUUGCUGUAAUAGCAGCUUCUCCUCUCUGUAUUGAUCUAUCAUGUGUCUUGGAGCAUGUCAUUUCACAAUGACGAUUUUGU